UACCUUACCAGCGUCUUUUGCUUUAUCAUACUUCCAUUCUUUUUGAAUUAAAAAAAAAAAGAAUCGUUCUUUUAAUUUAUUUUUAAUUUUUAAAUAGUAAGCCAUGAAAUUAAUACAUGGAGCCAUAUUAUUGGCUUGCUUUUUGGCGGCAAAUUCUUGGCCAGUGGGGGACGUGGAUACGGUUGAAUUAAUUCCAAUGGAUGAUAACAGUAUUGAUAAUUUUGACAGUGAUACGAUAGAUUUAACUCAGUUGGGACCAGAAGCUUUUGGAUCGCCCAGUAAUAAGAGUGGAGAGAGUCUCUCAACAUGGAACGAGACUUCUCUAAUGAACCCUGAGGAGAUGGGGGAGUAUGCCGAGGGCGACAUCUUGAUCCCCAAGACAUCGGCGCAGGGGAGGAACGGCAUCCGACACGAAGCCAUGAGGUGGCCUGAUGGUGUCAUACCUUACUCUCUCGAGGGGUAUUUCAGUUCUGAGCAACGCGACCUGAUCAUGCAAGCAAUUGACGACUACCACCGCAUGACCUGCCUCCACUUCGUGCCGAGAAGCAGGCAGACCGACUACAUCGUCAUACAGAACAAGAACACCGGCUGCUGGUCCUCCGUAGGCCGGAUUGGUGGUCGCCAAGAAGUGAACCUGCAGUCCCCCGGCUGCCUCACGAAGAAGGGCACCGUCCUCCACGAGUUGCUCCACGCUAUAGGGUUCAUGCACGAGCAGAGCCGCCCUGAGAGAGACGACUUCGUCACCGUCUGGUACAGCAAUGUUAAGCCAGGGUCGGAGAAUAACUUCAAGAAAGCGGAUAAGCAGAGCGUCAACGAUUACGGCGUGGGUUACGACUACAACAGCGUGAUGCACUAUUCAGAGUACGCCUUCUCCAAGAACCGGCAGAAGACCAUCGAGCCAAAGGUGGGAGGCUUCAAGUUAGGUCAGAGGGAAGGUCUAAGCCGUGGUGACGUCAAAAAAGUCAACGCCAUGUACAAUUGCAAGAAAACUGGCUCCCAAGUUCAAGCCGAGAAUGCAGAACAGCAGGGAGGCAACCCUAUUGGCAGUUUUUUCCAGAAUCUUCUAGGAAUAGGAAAGAACGAUACAGAAUAAGAUAGAAUUAAGAAACACAGAACAGAGCGAGCGCUUCGUGGCGCGGCCCUUUGUUCUGUGGUGAUAAGUUACCAAAAGAUCUGCUAGUCGAAUUUGUGU